CUUUGACAGACCCGGAAAUACACCAAUAACUUCCAUCGCUCUCAACAGCUCUGUUGUUUUAGGAAGUAAAGUCUGUUGAACAUGAGUUUCCACUACGGCCAGGGCUAUCCAGGAGGGGGAAACCCACCACCGGGUGCUCCAUAUGGGGGUAGCAGUGGUCCCUACAGGCCACCCCCUUCCGCUCCAUAUGGUGGUGCAGCAGGUCCACCAGGAGCCCCUUACGGUGGUGGUUAUGGAGCCCCGGGAGGCCAUGGAGGGCAGUAUGGGCCUGGACCACAUGGUGCCCCUGGCGGACCUUAUGGAGGAUACGGAGGACAGCCUCAUGGAGGACCGUAUGGACACCACGCUCCUCCAGGUAACAUCCCUCCUGGUAUUAACCCAGAAGCGUACCAGUGGUUUCAAACUGUUGAUUCAGACCACAGUGGCUUCAUCAACCUAAAGGAGCUGAAACAGGCCCUGGUCAACUCAAACUGGUCCGCCUUCAAUGAUGAGACCUGUCUAAUGAUGAUCAACAUGUUUGACAAGACGAGGACAGGUCGCAUGGACUUGUUUGGCUUCUCAGCUCUGUGGGACUUCAUGCAGCGUUGGAGAGCACUGUUUCAGCAGUAUGACAGAGACCGCUCAGGGUCUAUCAGCGGCACGGAGCUGCACCAAGCCCUCGCACAGAUGGGUUACAACCUGAGUCCACAGUUUGCUGAGACUCUUGUGAGGCGCUUCUCUGUGCGUGGUCCACGUCCCGGCAUUCAGCUGGACCGCUUCAUCCAGGUGUGCACCCAGCUUCAGAGUAUGACCCAGGUCUUCAGGGAGAGAGACACAAAUAUGUCAGGAAACAUUCGCCUUAACUAUGAAGAUUUCCUGUCUGGUGCCAUCGUGAGGCUCAUGUGAUGCUCACUUCUUCCACUGACAGUGGUCUCUGCACUGUGGAAGCUCCACACUCAGGCCAUCAUUUGCUCAGUUUUCUUGCUCUGUCAUAUGUGCCCUCUCUUGAUGUUCUUAGAGCAUAGCCAGUAGAUAUACACAGGAGACUGGACGACUUCAGUACAAAGCCUUUCAUGUAAUGUAACCAAGUUGCAGCCAUCUUACUCAGAUACCAAGUUCAAGACAAGGCAUUUGUAUCAAGUCUGGCAGCUGUCAGAUUCUUCAUUCAUGAGACAGUUACGUGGUUAUCAACACUUUAGACAAACCUCAAAUGAAGACUAAUGAAUCCAUAACAACAACUGACAUAAUACCCUGUUUUUGACCUAAAUUUGGUGAGAACUUUCCACAAGGACGUAGGUCUAUUAUUAAUAUACACAUGAAUGAUUAAGGUUCCAUGAAAAUAACAGUCAAAUUAAGUUCACAUCCAUAACAAGUAGGUAUACAUACAAUCAAAACAUGCUGAAAAAAUACCUUGACAAAUAUAUAUUAAAUAUAAAAUAUGUAUUCAUAAUAAUAUAUAAUCAAAUAUAUAUCUCAUCAUGUAUGUAAUAGAUCUAGUUGUCGUCAUUUAGUGAUAAUUAACAUUUAAGGACUGAAAUCAUGCUAAUCAGUUGUUUGUAGAACUACAUCUUGCACUUACACAAUAUUUUUCGAGAAUAGGCUGUAAUGUUACAGAUGCUUUAUGCUGAGACUAUUUGAAAAUAAAAGAUGCUUAAAACGAUUCCAUUUUAAUAUGACAGUAUAUUAUUCCAGCUAGUUGACAUUCACACUUCUUGUAGCUGCUGCCCAUUCAGUGACUGUUCUCAGAUCUGGUCUCUGGUAAGAUGGCGGUAACACCAUAUAGGAACAUAGCUCGCACCUCCUGUUCCUAUAUCUAUAAAACAGUAUGUUGUAUUAAAGCUGAAACAUAUGUAAUGGUUAGUUGCAGUAGAAGAACCAGUCUGAUAUCAUGAACUUAAAUGUUCAGUAGCUAUUUUCAAGAUGCCUAAAGCUGUUUCAACAGAUUAAGUUACACCGUAGGUCGGCUGGAAGGUGAUGAUACAUCUGAGCCGUUUGAAUCGUACCAUAGAUGCCUUGAUGACUGUAAUCAUCAGCAACUUUGUUUACCAGUGCCAUUUUUAAUACUUAAAAUAUUAUUGUUUGCAGUUAUUAUGGAUGCAGUUAUUAUAUGCAAAUCUGAAACCCCAACCUACCAAAGCCCUGCUUCUGCAGAACUUCCUUUGGACUAUUAUUUUGCCAGGCUGUGCUUUCUAUACAUAUCCUUUGUUUGUGCUCACAGGCAGCAUUAAGUCAUUCCAGGGCCACGAUGCCUUUUUUAAAUUGUAUAAUGAAGUGUAGACCAUAAGGCACCUCUCUGCAGUGCUGUUACAUCGUAUUGAAUAUUGCUGUGUGAGUUGUGUAAUUAAGUAAAAGAGGACCACUUGUUGUUACGCAGAAAUAUUCUCUUCUGCUGCUGUUUUAAAAAACUGUGAGUAGUGAUCAUGAGGUAGCAUAUUGGGGAAAAAAAUUACACUUCUUGUUUAUCGCACUCCUCCAAGCCAGUAUCACCCAUGAAUUAAAAUUUCAUGAAUGAAAAAACAAUACAUUAAUAAUGUUUGCCAGUUUCAACUAAAAGAAACUUCAGCUUCAUUGAUCACAUGAUCAGUAUAAUUAGUGUUGGUGUUAAAUGAAAUAGUACACGAUUCUGAUGUGUCAUUAAACAUGCAUAUGCCAACACGAUUCUUAAUGCCAAUAUUAAAUAAAUGUUUUUUGUACCAUAUGGUGAUGGUGUUCACUUUUUUGAUCAACUUGACUGAUUUGCACUAAUUAAAACACAUUACAUUCUC